ANAAAUUAACUAAAAUAUGAUAAUGGUACUCCAAGAUUUCCAUUACCAAAUCCAUUCCAUAAUCUUUUCUCUAACAACUCUUCUCACACUAAUUACCUCAACACCAAAAACGACACCGUUCCCAAUGGCGAAGCCCGAGUGUCCGAACCGAUGUGGCGAAAUUCCCAUCCCAUACCCUUUCGGGACGACACCCGAUUGCUACCGAGCCGAAAACUUCGCAGUCACAUGCAACACAACACUCGAAAACUCUCCGAGACCCUUCCUCCGCAACACGUCAAUGGAAAUUACGAAAAUAUCCCUCGACGGCCAGCUCACCGCCCUGCAGCCCAUCGUGCACGCCUGCUACAACCGCAGCCGAAACCAAUCGGUUCACGACCCGUGGAUCGUGCUUCCCGAGCAGUUGACCGUCAACACUUCGGUCAACCAUUUUUCCCUCGUCGGCUGCUACAUGUUAGGCUACAUCGCCAGCUUCGGUCUCGACCAAGGACGGUUGACCGGGUGCGUGACCAACUGCACCACUACCGUAACCCGCAACGCGUCUGAUCGCAGCCCCGGAGGAUUCUGCCAGGUGUCGGUCUCGGAUUCGGUGAUGGCAGGGAGAGUCGAUUUGCUUUUCGGGAGCUUUGCUUACCUCAGCCUCGAUCCGAACGACACGUACUGCGGAUACGCGUUCGUGGCCGAGGAAGGCUCGUUUUCGAAUACUCCCGAGGAUUUAACGAAUUUGGAGACGGGACGUUUGGAGAGGCUGCCGAUGGCGAUUGAUUGGGCUGUUGGGAACGAGACUUGCGAGGAGGCUCGGACCAACGGUUCGAGUUUUGCUUGCAAGAGUGGGAAUUCCGAGUGUUACGAGCCGAGUAAUGGUUAUGGAUAUCGGUGUAAUUGCAGCCGAGGUUAUCGUGGAAAUCCUUAUUUAGUUAAUGGUUGUGAAGAUAUUGAUGAAUGCAAUGACGGUAAUCUCAACGUGUGCUUCGAAAAUCGAUGCGAAAACUUCGAAGGGGGUUUUAGAUGUCUUUGCCCAAAAGGAUACAAUGGCGACGGAAGACGAGAUGGAAAUGGCUGCACGCGCAACGAAUCGUUCGCGUACAAACUUGCUGCAGGUAUUGCUUCAGGGGUGAUUCUUCUCCUACUAUCUGCUUGCUCGCUGCAUUUGCUACUCAAGAAAAGAAGACUACUCAAAAUGCGAAAAGAGUUUUUCGUGCAAAACGGCGGGAUUCUGCUGAAGGAAAAACUCUCCUCAUCGGACACAACCACGAUUUUCAGCUCACACGAGCUUCGAAAGGCGACGAAGAACUUCGACAGCAGCAUGAUAAUCGGCCGAGGCGGAUUCGGCACUGUCUACAAAGGCAUCUUGCCCGAAAACAGAAUCGUGGCCGUUAAAAAAUCGAAAGACGUUGACCAUAACCAAAUCGAGCAGUUCAUUAACGAGGUUGUUGUCCUGACCCGAAUCAACCACAGGAAUGUCGUCAAACUCCUCGGCUGCUGUCUUGAAACGCGCGUCCCUCUGUUAGUAUACGAGUUCGUGAGCAACGGCACGCUUUUCGAACACAUCCACAACAACAGGGCUGGACGACAGCUGGCGUGGGACGUGCGCGUUAAAAUCGCCGCCGAGACAGCUGGCGUGCUCUCGUACUUACAUUCCUCGGCCUCGAGCCCCAUCAUACACAGGGACGUGAAGUCGGCGAAUAUUCUUCUCGACGAGAGUUUCACGGCGAAAGUGUCCGAUUUCGGGGCCUCGAAACUCGUGCCGUUGGAUUAUACACAGCUGUCGACUGUUGUCCAAGGGACGCUCGGUUAUUUAGAUCCGGAGUACAUGCUGACGAAUCAGCUGACCGAGAAAAGUGACGUGUAUAGUUUCGGAGUCGUGCUGGUCGAGCUGCUGACGGGGAUGAAGGCGUUGAGCUACGAGAGGCCAGAGGAGGAGAUGAAUCUGGCGAAUUAUUUUCUUUCUGUAAUGAAACGAAAGCGGCUGUUCGAAAUUGUUGCUGACAGGGAUGAAGGCGUUGUGGAAGUUGCUGAGGUGGCGAGGAGGUGUCUGAGCGUGAGAGGGGACGAGCGGCCGAGUAUGAAGGAGGUGUCGAUGGAAUUGGAGAGAGUGAUUAGAGUGGGGAGAAAUAAGCGCGAUUGGGUUGUUGACGAGAAGGAAGGCGAAUUAGAGGAGAUGGAGUCUUUGCUUGGGGAUGAUAAUAAUAGUGUCGGGUUUGAUAGCAUAAAGGAUCAUCACGUUGUAGUCUCGGAUGUCGGUGGAGGGAGAUAGAUGCGAUCGGCUGGUCUCGGUUGCGGUUGAUGCUUAUAAUGUAAUAAUGUUCUCGUUUUGGUGUAUGUUUUGUCUAGUUGAGUUUGGUAGUAGAGUAUGGUUUGUUGAGACAUGUAUAUAUAUUCUUGCAUGCAUGUUGAAGUUAAGUUGAUGUCGAUUCUGUGAACUUGAGUAUGGUUUGAAUUUAAAGGUCAAUUCUAU